AUUUUUUCUCAACGGAAAAAGAAGAGACUAUUCGAUUUAAUCUCAGAAACAAAAGGCGAGAGAAGCGAGGAAGAAAAGGGAGAGAGAGAGAGAGAGCUGAAGAUUUUGGACUGUUUGGUUUACUUGAUAAAAAGUUAGAUUGGGUGUGCCGGAGGAGUCUCCGGAAUAUUCUGCCGUUCGUCGCGAUCGCGCCGGGCGGUGAUCGGAAUCUGAUUGGUUUUUUGUUCUUCUUUUUACUUUUUUGGUGUGUGCGAAUCCUUUAUUUUCGUCAGCGAAGAUGGUGAACUCUAUGGUAGAGAGAGCUACGAGUGACUUGCUGAUCGGGCCUGAUUGGGCUAGGAAUAUCGAGAUCUGCGAUAUGCUUAAUCACGACCCUGGGCAAGCAAAAGAUGUUGUGAAAGGCAUAAAGAAGAAGCUUGGAAGUAAAAAUCCUAAAGUUCAACUUCUUGCACUAACUCUGCUAGAAACUAUCAUAAAAAACUGUGGGGACAUUGUCCACAUGCACGUUGCAGAGAGGGAUGUUCUUCAUGAGAUGGUUAGAAUAGUCAAGAAAAAGCCCGACUUUAAUGUUAAAGAGAAGAUAUUGACUCUGAUUGACACUUGGCAAGAAGCUUUUGGAGGUGCGAGGGCAAGAUAUCCACAAUAUUAUGUUGCCUACCAAGAGUUGUUGCGUCUUGGUGCAGUAUUCCCACCAAGAUCUGAGAGGUCUGCACCCGUACUUACUCCUCCUCAAACACAACCUUUGUCUUCUUAUCCUCCAAAUAUUCGCAAUUCUGAUCGGCAAGACACAGCUGAGUCUUCUGCGGAGUCAGAGUUUCCAACCCUGAGUUUGACAGAAAUUCAGAACGCGCGUGGUAUUAUGGAUGUCCUUUCAGAAAUGCUAAAUGCAAUAGAUCCCGGAAACAAGGAGGGACUUAGGCAAGAGGUGAUUGUUGAUUUGGUGGAGCAGUGCCGUACUUACAAACAAAGAGUUGUACACCUUGUUAAUUCAACGUCGGAUGAGUCACUUUUAUGUCAAGGUUUAGCAUUGAAUGAUGAUUUGCAACGCGUGCUAACAAGGCAUGAAGCAAUAGCUUCAGGAACUCCUUCUCAAGCAAACAAACCUAAGCCUGAACCUGCAAAAGAACUUGUGAAUGUCGAUAGUCCACUAAUUGAUACUGGAGACAGUAGCAAGCAGUCUGAGGGGAGAUCCACUUCAAGCACUGUUACAAGUUCACCAUUUAAUCAGUUACUGCUUCCUGCUCCUCCUGCAACUAAUGGUUCAACUCCACCACCAGCUGCCAAUCCCAAAAUGGACUUGCUUAGUGGUGAUGACUUCAAUUCACCUAAGGCAGAUAAUUCACUGGCCCUUGUUUCUUUGGGAGAACCACAACAAGCACCUACUGCAUCACAGCAGAAUGCCCUCGUUCUCUUUGAUAUGUUCUCUGAUGGUAGCAACACCUCCAAUUCUGUUAACACCCAGUCUUCAGGUUUGGCUGGACAAACCAACCCUUUGACUCCUCAAAUUCAGCAGCAGCACCAGCAGCAGCACAAUUUUCAUGCAAAUGGAACUGCACCAAACAUGGGAGCACCUCCUCAAUAUGAGCAGCCAUAUGCUCAAGGCACCGUUCCUGCCUGGAAUGGUCAGCUGGUUCAGCAGCAACAGCCGCCCUCACCUGUCAAUGGUGCUGAGAGCAGUGGCUCACUACCACCACCACCCUGGGAAGCACAGGCAGCAGACUCCAGCCCAGUUGCAGGUGCUCAGCAUCCCCAGUAUGUGGGAAGUGAUCAAAUGGCGGGUGUGUACAUUCAGCCAACCACAACUGGUCAUUUACCAACGACUAAUAAUCAUGUGGCUCUGGGAAACCAGUUUGCUGGUUAUCAUCCACAGCCAAUCCAGGGAGCACCACAGUAUACAGGCAUGCUUCCACAGCAAAUGCCUGUGGGCCAGAUGAGUUCCAUGUAUCCUCAGCAAAUGCCAACGGGCCAGAUGGGUUCAAUGUAUCCUCAGCAAGUGCCGGGGGCCCAGAUGGGUUCAAUGUAUCCUCAGCAAAUGCCAGCUGGCCAGAUGGGUUCGAUGUAUCCUCAGCAAAUGUAUGGCAACCAAAUGGGAGCAUAUGGGUAUGGUCAGCAACAGUAUCUCAAUCAGCAAAUGUAUGGGCUAUCCAUCCGAGAUGACAAUGCCCUGAGAAACUCUUCCUACCAGGUUUCCACUUCAUCUUAUGUUCCACCUAGUAAGCCUUCAAAACCUGAGGAUAAGCUGUUUGGGGACCUUGUUGACAUGGCUAAAAUUAAAUCAACAAAAACCACUCCUGGAAGAGCUGGUAGCAUGUGAACCUGGAUUUGGUUUUUCUUUUUUACAUAUUUUUUUUUGGUGGCUAACUUGUUUCUUAUUUUAUCUCAUUUGCCUUCGUUAGAUAUUUUUCUUGACUCAUAUUUUGUGUUGAAUGUUUGGUAUUGGAAUCAUGUACACUCCCUGUAGAGAAAAUAGAAAGAUCUCGCUUUCGGGUUAUAGGUUGAGUUUAUAGAUUUGAUUCUGUCUCUCUGUUUUUCUCAGACCUAUGGAAAUUUUUAUUUUUAUUUCUAUUUUUAUUGUAAUAAAUAAUAUAUUGUACA